CCACAGUUCAAAGGCAUCAGUUCUUUUGUAGAAUGCUUAUAAAUUGGGUUUAUCUGCUGUUUUCUCUUUACUGGCUUCAGUUUACCCAUUUCUGGCAGGAGUACCACAAAAGUAAUGUUGUACUUCUCAGGGCAUUGUGUCAGGAGGCACAGGAUGUUGAAAUAUUAGUAAUGUGGUCUUGGGUCACUCCUUUAAAGGUAGUAUUUGCCAGGUUUUCCAGUGCAAAGUUACUAUUUUUCCUUUUAUAAUUACUUUGGUGGUAAAAUAUGCAUAAAAUUUAUCAUUUUAACCAAAGUGUAUAGUUCAGUGAUUAAGUACAUUGACAUUGUGUUUAUAAUUUUGAGGUGUCUUUGAAAAAAUACUUUGAGAUUUUGUAAAUUUCCUACUACUUCUUGAACUUUUACUAACUUUUGUAUUUCUGCCUGAAUAAUUUUCAUGGUGGUUCCUAAAUGGUGAUUUUCUAAUUCCAUCAUGUCUCCUAUACUUACUUAUAAUACUUUUUUUCAUUAUUUAUUUUGAUGCUGUUACUGAUUUGGUCAGUGGGAGCCCAUUCAAGCUGAUUCCUGUUUCCUUUUGCCUUGCCUUUGUCAUUUAUACACACAUUCAUAUACAUCUUUAUCUGUCUACUGAAAGCAUUGGGUUUAUAUUAAUACUUCUGGACCCAGUGCAACACUACAGGGUUUAUUCUGUAUUUAUAACCCCCUCUUCCAAAAGUGAGAAACUUGUCCCUAUGAUUCACAUUUUUACUUAUUGGCCUAGUUCUAGAAUACCAGAGAAUAGUUUCAUACCACUGCUUAAAAAGAGUUCAAUAUUUGUUUUCCUUUUCCUAUGGGCAUAUAGUCUAAAUCGUCACUGGUCAAUAAAGUAGACAUUAACUGCAUGAAUUGAGAUGUGUUGUAAAUGUAAAAUGCAUACUGGAUUUUGUAAACUUAGUAUGAAAUAAGAAAUGUGAAAUAUCCCAUUAAUAUUUAAAUAAUAUGUUAUGUUAUAUGUUGAAAUGUUUUAGAUAUAUUAGAUAAAAUAAAUAAAGUUAAUUUUAACCAUUUUAACAUGACUACUAGAAAAUAUUAAAUUACAUAUGUGGCAUCCAUUAUCUUUCUAUUGGACAUCGCUGAGCAAGAAACCACGUUCAGAAGUUACUUGGGUUAAUUUUCUCUCCAACUUUCUUUCUGUAACAUAGUUAUGUUAGUCAUUUGCAAUACAGUUCAUUUCUAUUGUAUUCUAAGUUUUUCUCCCCAUCCUAAUUGAUCUUACUUAUUUUUGAGCAUGUGAAGCAUUAAUAUGGUUCCAAAAGUCAGAAUUAUAUUAAAUAUAUAUAUACACUCAAAGCAGUGUCACCCAUUUCUUCUUUCUUUUUCACCCUGUUUUUGCCCAGCCUUUAUAGGUAAUCAAUCUCAUCAGUCUCUGGAUUACCCCUUUGGUGUUUUUUUCCCCCAGGAGCGGCUGCUAUCAGAAGGGAACUUUUGCCUCAGAUACAGCCUGUCUGCACCUUCUAGAGUUUUAUUAUUCAAAAAAUAAAUGCCACUUAUUUGAUUGAGGUGGUGCCAUGCAGCAAGAAGCAGAGAGAUGCAGAGUUCGAGCCAGGAGGCCUGACAUGGCACUUUAUGUACCCAAAGCUCGAAGGGGUAUAGUACUACUCAAAUCAGGUGAUGAGGGAAAAAGCUGUGGUCCGUCUAACUCCGUGGUGAAAGAAGAACAAAGGGAAGAUUCUCUCUCCCAAAAGGAGAUCUUUCAAGAUAAAUGCGAGACUCCAAGACUAAGUAUUAAUCCUGAUAAAAAGGAGCACAGUCAUAGAGAAGGAAAGAAAUAUUCAAUGAAAUUUAAAAAAGAUACAUGCCUUCAAGAAAGAAAGAAAGAUAGGGUUUGUACUAAGAGGGCAACUGCAGAAUCCAAAGAAGUAUUAUCCCAAGGACAUCAGCAAAGAGUCUUCAAUACUGGGAUUGUACCUAGUGUACCUUUACAAAGCCAUUUUAAACCAAAGAAGGUAGAAUGUUUGGAGAUUGAAACCAGAGAUGUGAUAGGACAUGAUGGGUUGCUUCUAUCUCAAUCUUGUUCAGAAAUCAGUAAGGCUCGGGUUCCAAACAAGCCAUCCACAAACGUGGAAAUCUCUGAUAUCAAUAGAAAUGAACUAAAUGGGGAAACAUUUGAAGAUAGACAUUUGGAAAACAGAAUGGAAACUGAUGCCAAGAUUAUGGAGAUACUAUCCCAGUUUCCUGGAGAUUUUAAUUCUGUGGUGAAACCUGAGAGUGUGAUCCCACCAGUAAAACAAAACUCUGAUUCUGGAAUUGUACAACAAGGCAUGCAAACAUUAGAUGGAAUGCUGAAGCACAGCAGUGGCGCCAUCACUACUGAUUCUGUUCCUGGAAGUUCAGAUGGUAUCAUUGGUCAGAAUUACGUAGACUUGGAUGCUGAGAAUGUUGGUGAUACAGCCAAUAGGACAGGUUCCUUCUCGAGUCAGAAAGGUAUGGAUUCCAUUCCUGAGACUGUGGGUCACCUCUCUCAUCAAAUGACUAUGGGCAGCAAAUUAGAGAGCACAAAUGACAUUUCUGAUCCAACAACGAUUAGAGAGUGUGAGGAGAAUGACAGCACUGCUGAUGAGUUAUGUGUAAAGCACGAAUCUUCUGACAGAGCUGCCCUUGCUCAUGAAACAUAUACAGAUAAUGAGUCUGAGAGUGUACGUGACAUUACCAAUAAGACAUGUACAAUGGACAUUACAGAUACCAUAUCUGAUCAGAGGGUAGGCAGCCCUUGUGUAGUUGCAGUUAGAGUAGCAGAUGAAGCUUGUAGCAACACAGGGAGUUUCUCAGGCUGUUUAGAAAUGAAUGCAGAUACAGGCCUUCUUCAUGCAGCUGAAAGUGGGAAUGACACUGAAAAUUUCAGUAACCUGACUGCUUGCUCAGAUAUCUAUGCUGAGAGUAUUUCAUCUAGUUUCACAGAGUCAACAGGAAAGUUGAUAGAGAGCUUGUCAGAUUGUGCUUCCUCCGUACCUAUAAAGAAGAUAACUGGUAAUAAUUGUAACACUUUUUUGGACUCUGAACUCAGUAUGUUAAAUGGGACAAACGUAUUUUCAGAUAGUGCCUUGGGCAGUGAUCUUGAUGGUACUGGUGAUAUAACAGAGGCAUUACAUGAACUUAAGACUGCUGAAGAGUUCAAAACAGAAGAUGGUGAUUCAGAGAAUGUGGAAUUUGGUGUAUCCUUUCCUGAUAUAGAAUCAGUAUCUAAGGAAACAUCCAUGGAGCUGAAAGCAACAGAUGUAUCUCACACAGAAAGAAGUGCUGCUACUGAGGAGAGCUGGGAGUCCAUGUUCAAUGAUGAUGGGGAGUGCCUGGACCCACGUCUUCUACAAGAGUUAUCAGGGAAUAUGAAGAACAGAGAAAGUAUCCAAGAACCUAGAUUUGAUUAUUACAACCAUGAAGUUCCUGAUAUUGACCUCAGUGAUUGUGAAUUCCCACAUGUCAUUGAAAUUUAUGACUUCCCCCAAGAAUUUCGUACCGAAGAUCUUCUACGGAUUUUUUGCGCUUAUCAAAAGAAAGGAUUUGAUAUUAAAUGGGUGGACGAUACACAUGCCCUAGGAGUAUUCUCCAGUCCGAUUACAGCCCGUGAUGCUCUUGGUAGUAAACAUACCAUGGUGAAGAUCCGGCCCUUGUCACAGGCCACAAGAGCAGCCAAGGCCAAAGCUAGAGCUUAUGCUGAGUUUCUCCAGCCAGCAAAGGAGCGUCCUGAGACUUCAGCAGCCCUAGCCAGAAGACUAGUCAUCAGUGCCCUUGGGGUUCGAAGUAAGCAGAGCAAAACUGAACGGGAAGCAGAGCUUAAGAAACUGCGAGAAGCCCGAGAGAGAAAACGAUUGGAAGCCAAGCAACGGGAAGCCAUCUGGGAAGGCAGAGACCAGUCUGCAGUUUGAACAUCACUUGAUGAAAGGGAUAAUUCCAGGAAUUCAGAAAGUACUUCCAGUUUUCAGAGGAUUUUUCCAGACCUCUAUGUACAUGCAGAUGUGCAUGUUAAUGAAAGAAAGAGAUAAAGCGAUCAAGACAAGGGCUGACUGGGUAUAAGAAGAAGAUCAACUCCUGUUUGUCUUCACUCCUACGUGCAGUUCUUUGGAAUCGCCUUACUGUGUUGGACGUGGAAGGAAGCCAUCAGCUUGGGAGAAACUUGGAGUGUGUGACUUCAAGAAUCCUUUGGAUAGGGCAAGCCAUGCUUCCAAGAUGUUUUACGUGAAAGCAAAACAGAGGAUUCAAACCUGUGACGAUGGGAGAUUUAGGCCCUGCAAAGGCAAGGUGCUCUUAGUACCUCACAAAGCUGAGACCAGCAGUAUUGCGGGGGGCAGAUGAGGCAGGUGGGGGACAGAGGGGAGGGAGCCGCUAAUAUAGAGAGGUGGGCCCGUAUCUGGUGUAGUCGAUAUUCACAGAAUCUACACUGCUGGUUCCAGAACCCCAAAGAGGGUGAACUGCAGCAAGUGUAGGCAUUUGGACUCCAGAUCUUGUACUAAGCCAAGUGCCUGGGGCUGCCCCAGCUGCAUGGCAGCCAGGGGCUUGCCAGCUUCAUUCCUCAUAGGAAGCUAGUCUUGGGAGCUGGUGCCAGUUCCGGUUUAAACAGCACUAUCAUGUUAUAAGAGGGAGACAUUAAAGCUCAUUUUGUGAUAUACAUCA